AUGACUCACAGUGCGGGGAGCUGGUACUUCCGCAAAAUCAAACGCAUUGAGGCUGAGAAAAAACUUCUACUGCCAGAGAACGAGCACGGUGCAUUUUUAAUUCGUGAUUCCGAGAGCCGACACAACGACUAUUCGCUAUCAGUGCGCGAUGGCGACACGGUCAAGCACUAUCGCAUCAGGCAACUGGACGAGGGCGGCUUCUUCAUUGCCAGACGCACAACAUUCAGAACCCUGCAGGAGCUGGUCGAGCACUAUUCCAAGGACUCCGACGGCCUGUGCGUCAACCUCUGCAAGCCCUGUGUACAGAUCGAGAAACCUGUCACCGAGGGCCUAUCGCAUCGAACACGCGACCAGUGGGAGAUCGACAGAACGUCCCUCAAAUUUGUACGCAAACUGGGCUCCGGCCAGUUCGGCGACGUUUGGGAGGGACAGUGGAACAACACAACACCCGUGGCCAUUAAAACUCUGAAAUCGGGCACAAUGGACCCCAAGGACUUCUUAGCCGAAGCCCAGAUCAUGAAGAAGCUGCGCCACACGAAGCUCAUACAGCUGUACGCUGUCUGCACGGUGGAGGAGCCCAUCUACAUUAUCACGGAGUUGAUGAAGCACGGUUCACUGUUGGAAUAUCUGCAAGCCAUUGCAGGCAAAGGUCGUAGCCUCAAAAUGCAGACGCUCAUCGAUCUGGCCGCACAAAUAGCCGCUGGCAUGGCCUACCUGGAGUCCCAGAACUACAUCCACAGAGACUUGGCGGCGCGCAACGUUCUCGUUGGCGAUGGCAACAUUGUGAAGAUAGCCGACUUUGGUUUGGCCAGGCUCAUCAAGGAGGACGAGUACGUGGCGCGAGUUGGCGCCCGCUUCCCCAUCAAAUGGACAGCGCCCGAGGCGGCCAACUACAGUAAAUUCUCAAUCAAAUCUGAUGUCUGGAGCUUCGGUAUUCUCCUCACUGAGCUGGUCACUUACGGACGCAUACCAUAUCCGGGUAUGACCAAUGCGGAGGUGUUGACCCAAGUGGAGCACGGCUAUCGCAUGCCCCUGCCACCCAACUGCGAGCCGCGCCUGUACGAGAUCAUGCUCGAGUGCUGGCACAAGGAUCCCAUGCGCAGACCCACAUUCGAGACGCUCCAAUGGAAGCUCGAGGACUUUUACACCUCCGAUCAGAGCGACUACAAGGAGGCGCAGGCUUACUGAUAAAUGCUACCUGCGACCACGGACGCGGACAGUAGCCGUGGCGAGGCGCAAGGAGGAGCUGGAGGAGCUGCCAAUGAUCGUCGGGCAUCCCACAACGGACAAUUCAUAUUAAGUUAAUUACUUCAGUUUUGCACACAUUUUCUAUUGCUGCUUCCUGCGACCAUGAAACAUGCGGGGCUCAUGGACAGGGCAGGGGCAUGUCUUGGUAACAACUCCAUACCAUACGAUUAAUGUUAUUAGCGUUUAAGCUAACAAAUAGUCUGUAAGCCGGAAAAGUGAAUGCGAAUGUUUUGUUCAUUAUUUGUUGUUUCAAUAUGACAAGCAUAUGGAUAGAUUUGUCGCAUUUG